CAAUUUCAGAGCUGCUGUUCAACACGACAGUUCAGAAGAGAAGAAAAGUCUUCAAAUAUGGUUUGAGCUGCAGAUCGUUGAAGGACGAUGGCAUCUGUGAAAGAUCUGCUUGAUAAAUCACUGAAUGAACUGGUACAAGCUGAACUGAAGAAGUUUCAGUGGCAUUUAGUGAACGAUCAUGAGUGUAUAUCAAAGUCUGAAAUGGAGAAUGCAGAUAGGUUAGACAUGCUGGAUAAGAUAGUGGCACGUUUUGGACCAGAAGAAGCUGUGAAGAUCACCGUGAAGAUCCUGAGGAAGAUGAACCAGAAUAAUCUGGCUGAGCAGCUAGAGAACAAACACAAGCAAGCUCAGGCUGAGGGCAGUAUUGAGGAUCCUGCACUUGCUGGAGUCAGUUCAAAACCGAUGGAGGCUCAGGCUGAGGACAGUAUUGAGGAUCCUGCACUUGCUGGAGUCAGUUCAAAACCGAUGGAGGCUCAGGCUGAGGGCAGUAUUGAGGAUCCUGCACUUGCUGGAGUCAGUUCAAAACCGAUGGAGGGCUCAGCUGCAGAGGACAGUAAAGCUGCUCUUCAUGAGAUCAGCCUCAGACUGAAGGUCAAAUUAAAACAGGAGUAUGAACGAAUAUUGGUUGGUAAUUCUCAGAGGGGUCGUCAGAAAUACCUGAACAAUAUUUACACUGAUCUAUAUGUGGUGGAGAAUGAGACUGGAGGAAUAGUGAGUGAACAUGAGGUGAGACAGAUCGAAUUCAAACUAUUUGAUGCCAAGGACACACCAAUCCAGUGCAAUAACAUUUUUAAAGUCCAUAACGGUCAACAAAACAAAAAAGUGUUGACGAUGGGCAUCGCAGGGGUAGGAAAAACAAUCUCCAUCAAUAAAUUCAUCCUUGACUGGGCCAUAGGAACAGAAAAUCAGGAUAUUGCCUUAAUUUUCCCUCUUCCAUUCCGUAGACUGAAUUUGAUUAAAGAAGAGUACAGUCUUAUAGGACUUCUUAACAAAUACUUCUUUAGUAGUCCUGAAGAACUGCCCUUUCUUCCUGAUGGUGACGGUAAAAUCAUGUUCAUCUUUGAUGGGCUGGAUGAGUGUCGCUUCCCUUUGAACUUUAAAGAGGAUGACGGAUUUACAGAUGUUAAAGAAAAAACAACAUUGAGUAAGAUAAUAACAAACCUCAUUAAGACACAUCUGGUUCCCUCUGCUCUCAUCUGGAUCACAUCCAGACCAGCAGCAGCCGGUCUGAUACCCCGAAACUACAUUGAUCAGGUGACAGAGGUACGAGGAUUCAACGAUGAGCAGAAAGAGCAAUACUUCAACAAAAACAGCAGUCCUGAGGUUGCUGGAAACAUCAUCUGUCAUAUCAGGAAAUCCAGGAGCCUGUACAUCAUGUGCCACAUCCCCGUCUUCUGCUGGAUCUCUCUCACUGUUCUUCAGCCUCUACUGGCUCGAGAGAGCAAUGACAAAACACCCACAACUCUCACAGGGAUGUACACAAGCUUCUUACUUACUCAGCAGCAACAGAUGACAGCAAAAUACACUGAUGGCCCUGAACCUAAAGCCAAUGCCAGGUCUUUUGAUGAGAUUAUUCUGAAGCUUGGGAAACUGGCCUUUCAACAGCUGGAGAAAGGAAAUCUGAUUUUCUACAAAGAAGAUCUUGAGGAAUGUGGACUAGAUGUCAGUGAAGGGUCGGUGUUCUCUGGGUUAUGCACUCAGAUCUUUCAGGAGGAAAAAGCUGUUUCAGCAAGAAACGUUUACAGCUUCGUUCAUCUCAGCAUCCAGGAAUUCCUUGCUGCUCUCUAUGUGUUUUUGAUUAGCAAAGAUGAGAAAGCAAAGCUGCUUUUUCAAUCCCUGAGAGAAAAACUGAGAUGGAAACUGUCCGGAAAGACACAGUUUCAGCUUCAUAAGGGUGCGAUCAACAAGGCUUUACAAAGCAAGAAUGGACACCUGGACCUUUUCCUCCGGUUCUUCCUGGGUCUCUCUCUGGAGUCCAAUCAGAGUGACCUGAAGGAAUUAGUGCCAGGCCUGAAACUCAAAACAGAGAACAUGAAAAGCACUGUUGACUAUAUCAAAAAGAAAAUAGAGAUGGAGAAAUCUGUGGAGAGGACCAUCAAUCUCUUCCACUGUCUGAGUGAACUGAAAGAUGAUUUUGUGGAGGAAAUUCAGAAAAACCUGAGCUCAGGAAAUCUUUCAGCACAGAUUCUCUCCUCUGCUCAGUGGUCUGGUCUGGUGUUUGUGCUCCUGAUGUCAGAAGAGACUCAAGAGAAGUUUGAACUUCAGAAAUACAGAAGAUCUGAUGAAGCAGUGAUAAGACUGCUGCCAGUGAUCAAAAACACAAGAAAAGCACUGUAA